AUGGGCAACCUAACUAUAAUCACAGAAUUCCUCCUCUUGGAUAUCUCGAGCUCCCCCGAGCUUCAAGUCUUACAAGGUCUGCUGUUCCUACUGAUUUAUCUGGGUGCUGUUGCUGGAAAUCUUCUGACCAUUACCGUCAUAGUGACAGACCCACAGCUUCAUUUCCCAAUGUAUUUCUUUAUAGGCAAUUUAUCUCUCAUAGAUUUUUGCUAUAUCUCAGUCACUGUUCCCAAAUCGAUUGUGAAUUCCUUAACAGGCAGGAAACUAAUUUCUCUCCCAGCCUGUGCUGCUCAGAUUUUCCUGCUUAUCCUCUUUGGAUCCACAGAGUUGGCCUUCCUUGUGGUGAUGUCCUAUGACCGCUAUGUUGCCAUCUGUCACCCCCUGCACUAUGGGCUCACUGUCAUCCCACGUAUGUGUGCACAGGCAGCAGGGGGAUCCUGGGCCAGUGGGAUGCUCUAUUCUGCCAUUCACACAGUGCUUAGGAUACGCUCUGCAGAAGCCCGUAACAAAGCUUUAUCCACCUGUACUCCACAGCUGGCAAUUUUGGUCUUGUUUGUAACUUCUGGAAUGACUUCUUCUUUAGGUCCCAUCUCAAAAAAAUCAUCUCUUAAAAAUCUUCUCAUGGCCAUAUUCUACUCCAUGGUGCCCCCACUCAUAAACCCCAUGAUCUUUAGUCUUCGGAACAGGGAGAUCAACAUUGCUCUAGGCAGACUAUUCAACAG